AUGACACGCCCUACGACACGCUCUUCAACACGCACUGCCCGAGGGCGUUCUCAAGCGCCCAUCCACGGUGCCCCCCGCCCUACGACUGGCGACAACCGCCAUUCUAGGAGCAAUGGCGCUAAUCAAACUCAAGCAAUUGAUGACCACGAUAGGCAUCCUGCGAACGGCAACGAUGCGACAAGAAGUGACAUGCCGCUGCCCGACAACGAUAUCUUCCCGGCUCAAUCGAGUGCGGCUCCCGGUGUGGCUCCCCUCCCUCCCUCGAUACCUGAGCCACCGCGUGCGCGUCCGCAAGGUCUUCCCCUCAAUGCGCUGACGAUCCUCAACGAUAUCUCCUACGUACCCGUCAACGGCUCCGCCCAACCCGACAACAACGGUCAUGAGGCCUCGAACAUCGAUGGCGCCGCCGGUGCACCAGCCGAUGGCCGUUCUGCUCUCAACCCCAUCGAUAUUUACGAUAACGACGUCGACAUACCCGGGCCAUCGAAUCCCGGCACCCAACCUGCGGCUACCCAGGACACCCUCCGAACGACAUCCACCCUCAGUCCGCCUCCCCCUAACCAACUCGCAUACACCGAAAGCUGGAGAGAACGCCACACUCAUGGCAACCCCGCACGACGCUCUCAAACCGACCGUCACCGAGAUCCCAAACAUCAAGCGGAAGAAACUGAGUAUCCGAAUCCUCGCGACUCUCCAGAGUACUCGGCUUCCAGACCCCUGUCGCCUUGUGAGGGGGAUACUCCGUGGGCCGUCGCCGACGAGCCUGCCUUGAACGUUCGGCCGAUCGGAGACUGGCACAACUAUAGCGUUACGGGGUUCGAUACGAUUGGAAAUCCAACGAGUUCAUAUAUCGAACCCACUCCUGAUGUUCGCCCAGCAUCCCCUGUCACGGGCCUACCUCCCUUUGCACGUCCCCCCGGUGAAAUCGUCGACCUGAUAUGGCUUGACCGUUACAUUGAAGACCUUACCAACUCGAGGGACACGAAAGUUCCUAGAAUCCGGCGGGCGAUCGAUGGACUGAAGGAUCUAUAUACCGAAAUGUUCGUCACAAAGGGUCGAUUAGCUGAGGAGGACAGGUUAUGGGACGAGCUGCUCAAAAAGUUCGGCAAGAGGUUCGGAGAACAACGGGCUCUGGAGAUCACCGGGAAUGUGCAGAAAAAAAUGGGGCGGGACGACAAACAUCGUAGGCGUAACCCACCGCUCGCUUCUGCGGACUCGGACGAUACGAAAUCAGAUGAAGCGGUUGAUGACAGGAGGGGCAGGCAGUCGUAUGAGAGAACAGACGAUUACUGGCUCGAUAACCUCUUCUACCAAGGCGGUGACAUGCCCGGUCCGCCUGAACUUCAGAGAUAUCAGGACACAGGGGACUAUCUCGACGUUGCUCCCACGUCAUCUCCCCACCGACCGGACGUGAACCCGUUCUUGGACUCGGAGGCGCCUGGUCCCCACGGCUAUCGGGACGACGAGAACGCUCCAUUCGACCCAUCUCACUGGCACGCGAGACAUCACCAAGGAUCCAACCCAUUCGACGAAUACGAUGGUCCAGGUCAUCUCCGUGCCAGACAUGACGAGAACGCUGAGGCCGGUCCCUCUCGCCCUGUUGCGCAAAGGCGUUCUCCAAACCCGUCAUAUUCACUUCCUGAUCCCGAGCACUCAGACGACGAGGAUCCCCGUACCGCCCCUACUCUCGGAGCCAACCUUCGGUUCAAACCCAUCUGUGGCAAGGGCAGGGCUCUCGAUGAUGACCUUCCUCCUUCCUCUCCGGCUCGUUCCACUUCCGCUCCUCUAUCCGAUCACGAAAUGGGCGAAGAUAAAGAAAAUGCAUUUCCUCGUCCCAGUCUGAGUAUCUCCCGUUCGUCCGCUAUCGGCCGUUCCUCCUCUCAGCUUUCCGAACGUGAUCAAGACCAGGGCAACGCAACUGAUUUCCACCCACCGCCACCUCCGGUCGCAGUCAGCGCUACCUAUCAAAAUCCAUCUCCCUCCUUGAAACGUGGUCGCGAUGAGUACGAAGACGGAUCAGCGGAGGAUGGCGACGAGGGGGCUAUGCAGGGUGACGGGGACGACUCAAACUACGAUCCCAAUCCUGACGAAGAGGAGCCGCUACCACCGCCACCCAAGAGAUCUCGGCUCGGGGCCCAAGAAUCUGCCGUCGAUAGGAACACCAGGCGUGCUUCUGCACCUAGGACGACAGGACGAACGGUUUUGGGCGCGCAAGCGGGACCGCCAAGGCAAGCCCUUCCUCUCGACAGCAUUCACGCGUUUUCCUUUGGAGGAUCCAGUUUUGCACACCACCAGCAACCGCUCCGGUUCUCCGACAACACAUCUGGAUGGUCCAUAUCUGGCCUCGGACCAUACUUUCUCGAGCAACUGUUACCUGGGUAUGUCGAUGCUGCGGAGUCUCGACGCGUGGACGGAGGGAACUAUACGGCGGUACAUGAGCAGAGUGCGGACGAGAAGCAAGUCGAACGUGAAAUAGAGGUUCAGGAUCAGGAAGGGUGGAGGCGUGAGAGGCGGGGAUACGAGUUCAGCUCGCGACAGAGGACACAGAGGAUGGGUGCUUCGCAUGGUGGGAUCGUGCUGCACGAACGGACGAGGACGCCAGAUUUCUCCCAGAAACAAGAUUGGGAGUGGGACGAGGAGAAGCAAAAGGGUGUGGAUGUUUGGAUGCCUCGCUUUCAGGAGACCCUUUGGAGUAUGAAGUGA